AUGGCGUCUAGUCAGGGAGGUGUGGGAGCCGUUACCGCUCUGCAAAGCCACCACUAUUCAGACGGACCCCACUGGAGCCCGGGGAUUAGCCAGUAUCAGCACCAGCACCACACGGCCCGCAGCCUUGACCGGGCCCUGGAGGAUGCCGUGUGCUCGGGGAUCCUCAACCUCAGCGGGAGGAAGCUGAGAGAGUACCCGGGAAUGAGCUAUGAUCUGACCGAUACGACACAAGCAGACCUGUCAAAGAACCGUCUUGCAGAAAUCCCGCCGGAAGUAUGUCUGUUUGCCCCCCUUGAGUCACUCAACCUCUACCACAACUGCAUCAAAUGCAUCCCAGAAGCCAUUAUCAAUCUGCAGAUGCUGACCUAUCUUGAUAUCAGCCGAAAUCUUCUAUCAGUUUUGCCAAAAUACCUGUUCAGUCUCCCUCUCAAAGUUCUGGUUGUAAGCAACAACAAGCUAGUGUCCAUCCCAGAGGAGAUUGGAAAAGCCAAAGAUCUGAUGGAGCUGGACAUUAGCUGUAAUGAGAUUCAGGUGCUGCCUGCUCAGGUGGGGAGGCUACAAGCCUUACGAGAGCUCAACAUCAGGAAGAACUGUCUUCACAUGCUGCCUGAAGAGUUAGCCGACUUGCCUCUGAUCCUGCUGGACUUCUCCUGCAAUAAGAUCACAGAGAUCCCUCUAGCAUACAGGAAACUCAGGCAACUGCAGCACAUCAUCCUCGACAACAACCCUAUGCAGUCUCCACCCGCACAGAUUUGUCUUAAAGGAAAGGUGCACAUAUUUAAGUACCUGAAUAUCCAAGCAUGUCGGAUGGAUAAAAAGCCUGAUUCCUUGGACCUUCCUACCCUGGGUAAACGAUGCCUUCCGCAGCCUCUUACAGACAGCAUGGAAGAUUUCUAUCCUAGUAAAAACCAUGGGCCUGAUUCCGGUAUUGGUAGUGACAAUGGUGACAAGAGGCUCUCUACAACUGAGCCUUCAGAUGACGACACCAUCAGCCUGCACUCUCAGGUUUCAGAGACAGCCCGUGCAGAUGCCCUCUCCCUCCUCUCCAAGAUGGAUUCUUGCAAAGAUCAGGAUCUCUAUGACUUCAUAGAGCCCAACCCAGACGAGGACCCCUCUCUGUCAGAGGUAGAUGGGCAGCAGAGUGGUCAUGUAUCAUGCAUAAAGGAACUGGAGAAGGUUCUCAGUAUGUCACACCAAAACAAAGAUAAAGACAGCUGGAAAGAGGAGUCAGGCUCUGAUAAGGAGCAGCCAGUUGAAGAGGAGGAUGAUGAGCUGAAGGAGGUAAUGGACCUAAGGAAGAUUGCGGUUCAGCUCCUGCAGCAGGAGCAACAGAAUAGACGGCGGUCUCUCAUGUGCAGAGCGGAGAGUCUUAUUCACCGACGGCGGGUGACUGGCCGUGCACACAGGUUCCUGAGUCAUUCUGGAAGCUCCAGCAGCAAACAGAGGUCACCAGCCCCAGCGGCUCGUAGUGCUUCUCUGGAUGAAGGAAGCAGCGGAGCAUCAGUGCUGAGUGGACAGCCCUCCUCCUCUUGCUCAUUUGACGGCAGCCUGAAGACAGAGCAGUGUGAGUCAGAGACAAAGUGGCCUGAGGUCCCACCAGUACUUAACCAGAAUGAGGACCGCAGGAGGAACAAAUACUUAAGAAAAGAUUAUCUGAAGUACAAAUGCCAGAGUGCUCGGAAAUCCUCAAGUGGAAAUGAGGAGUGUGAGGAGGGAUUGCGCAACGCUGAUUUCAGCUCAACUCUGACGGUGUUUGGACUAAAGCCACGGUCAGCUUUUACUAGAGGAAGCCGCCAGGAGUACAGCUCUACAGAUCCCAGUUUCACUAUGAGGCGGAAGAUGGAGCACUUGAGAGAGGAAAUGGAGCAAAUAGGACUCCUACGGCAGAAUAUUGAAUCGAGACUGAAGGUGUUUCUCCCAGAUGAUGUCGGAGCUGCUCUGAUGGAUGGAGUCGUCCUUUGCCAUCUAGCCAAUCACAUUUGCCCUCGGUCUGUUGCCAGCAUCCAUGUACCCUCCCCUGCAGUGCCAAAACUUAGCAUGGCUAAGUGCCGUAGGAAUGUAGAAAACUUCUUGGAGGCUUGCAAGAAACUCGGUGUCCCGCAGGACAAGCUGUGCCUGCCCCAUCACAUUUUAGAGGAGCGUGGUCUGGUGAAAGUGGGUGUGACUGUCCAGGCUCUGCUGGAUCUGCCUACUUCUAAAAGCUCACAGCUGUCAGCUGUUUGACACCAGCCUCAAUGCUGUGCCCAUCCUGUAGUCAUCCUGAUACCCACU